CAUUCCCCACAUCGCAAGCGGCGAAGUGUAGUGAGCUCGUAUUUUGAAGUGAGGCUCGUUUCGCGAGUUUCCAAGCAACGCCUUUCUAGGCAAUUGCCUAGUGCUCAUUUAGCCAAAACCGGCUGGUGGUGUCACGUUACAUGAUGGGAAACGACAGAAAAAGUGGCAAAAGACUCGCAUCUCAAGACCAGCAGAGGAUACGGGAGCUACUCGAUGAAGUUUUGGACAAAUGUACGACGAUGCCGUCAGGGGACGCGAAGAAGGAAUGGAAGGACUUCUUAGAAGUUCAGAAACUGCUGCAAGAAGUUCGGGAUCUGGAAAAACCUUUAUCUCCAAACCUGCCAAAGCGAUCCAACAAGUGGCCAGCUUUUCUUAAAUGGUGCUCUGAUAACAGUGCUUAUCUUGGCAGUGUGUCUAUAAAGGACCUACCUGAUGGCGAAUGUGGCUUCAUCGCUGAUGAACAAAUUGAGGAGAGCAACCAAUUCCUUGGUGUGCCAUUGAAGCUCAUGAUGACCACUGCUGCAGCAAAGAAAUCUAAGCUUGGUCCUCUUUUAAGAGAUGAUCCCAUAAUGAAGAGCAUGUCCAAUGUGGCUUUGGCCAUGUUUCUCAUCCUUGAAUUUUGUGCUGGUGAAUCAUCCUUCUGGCACCCCUACAUAUCAACUCUUCCAGCAUCAUUCAAUACUGUUUUGUAUUUCAGCAUUGAAGAACUUGAACUCCUCUGUGGGUCAACUGUAGUUGAUGAAGCCUUGAAGUUGCACAGAAGCAUUGCUAGACAAUACUCGUAUUUUCACAAGAUUUUUCGGACGCAUCCUCUUGCCAAGAGCCUUCCUUUCAAGGACUGCUUCACAUAUGACCUGUACAGGUGGGCCGUGUCUGCUGUGAUGACGCGACAGAACGCGGUGCCCUCGACGGACGCUGCUGGCGGUGACGAUGGCUCUGACGUCAUGACGGCUUUGGUUCCACUUUGGGACAUGUGCAACCACAGCGAUGGCAAGGUACUGACAGAUUACGACCCAUCAGCCAACAUGCUACGUUGCUAUGCCAUGCGGGACUUCGAGCCAGGCCAGGAGGUGACCAUCUUCUACGGGAAACGCACCAACGCCGAGUUCUUCAUCCACAAUGGCUUCGUGUUUCCGGACAACCGAUACGACGCCGUCGACAUCAAGCUGGGUGUAAGCAAGCAAGACCCGUUAUUCGCCGUCAAGGCGAAGCUGUGCGAAGAUCAUGAUCUCACUCCAAGCGGAACCUUCGCACUCGUCGACCGAGAGCGUCCGGUGUGCGAAGACCUCUCAACUUUCCUCAGGAUCCUCGUUCUGAAGGACGCGUCGCAGGUCGCGAAGUUCACUGACGAACACAUUAUGAGAGCAACCGACGACAACGCCCGGGAAGCGCUAAACUUCCUGAUUGUCCGCAUCCAGCUCCUGCUCCGGGCCUUCCCAAGGAGCGACCAGGAGUACGAAAGCAUCGUCAGCGACAAAGGAUCUAACGCCCGGAUCAAGAUGGCGUCGCAGCUGAGAUUGUUGGAGCGCAAGAUCUUGGCCGCCGUGCUCGAGACCCUCAACAACUGCGCAAAAGAGCGCACCCAGACUUAAAAGCUGAUCUAUACUUCGUCACGGAGCCCGCGGUGUAAACAACGCAACCGCGUCACACGCGUCAGCAUAUCGCUGCCAUUCUGGCUUUACUGCAAUACCACGUUCGCCACCUCACAGUUUUACAGCAUGCACAUUAUAGCUAAGCCAUAACAGGUGCAUGAGCCGCCCGGAUUAUCCGGUACGUGCAAAGUUGCGUGCGUGUUUCCCGAUAUGCGAGGGCUAACGGUAGAGCGGUAUACCGCUCCACGGUUAGCGGUAGAGUGUUCUGUGGUAAAGCGGCAGAGCUUGUAAUCUUACUUGCCUUCCAAUAGCAAAGUCCCUAUAGGUGCAUGCGCAGAGUGUAUGAGCCGCCACGUGCAACUUUACGCGCUACCUUGCCGAGGCCGCAGCGCUUACUGUAGGCCGGUAUACCGCCCUAAAGUUAGCGGUAGAGCAUUCUAUAGCAGAGCGGUAUACUAUACAAGCGCUGAAGCGGUAUGCCACUGAUAAGUGCCGGUGUUCCAUUGAAAGUAUAGACGGGUGUACCGCUCUACCGUUAGCGAUACCGUCUCGCCAACCUAUAGCACCUAAAUGUGCGCGUGCUUAAGCCGUACGUCGCAAGCAUAUAUCUGUUGCGGAUUAUCUAUUGCGCGCGUACUGAGGGUCACAGGCGCGGUGGCGAUGGUAUAGCACUAAGGGUAGAGGGGUAGAAGUGGGCUAAAUCUCUCAAAUAUGGGCGCUGAUGUGCCGUUAAACAGCGUCUGAUUCGGCAACCUUGCGGCGUGGCGCUCAUGAGCUUAUACGUGCGGACGUGUCGAAGUGGAUUUUGGAGCCCACCGGAGGCGUCUCCCUGCCGUGCCUAAGAAAAAAAAACGAAAAAAAAUUGUGUGCAAAUGACAAUGAGAGCUCUUAUUUAUUUACUGAGUAAAAGAAGUCACAAUGCAGUGUUGG